AUGCUGCUCAACUACAGCUUCACUAUCGAGUACAUCAAUACAAAGGAUUUCUGCCAAGUGGACGCUCUUUCACGCCUCCUCUCGCCAAAAUCAUCGAUACCGCAGGACUACGUGAUCGCCUCAAUAGAUGCUGAUGUCACUACUGAAUUUUCAGAGAAUUGUUAUCAUCUUUCAGUAUCCAUUGGGACUGCUUCGCAAGCCAAUCGUCUUAUUCAGCUGGUGAUCGACUAUACGAAAUCCGGAAACUGGCCCCAAGUCAACCACCAUUCUCCUCUGUGGCACUACUACAACCGCAGAAAUACCAUGACGACAGUCGAAGGAUGUCUGCUAACUGCAUCCCGCAUAGUGAUUCUAAAAUCACUUCGACAUCAUGUUCUUUCAGCACUACACAAAGCUCAUCCAGGCCAAACAAGGAUGAAAAUGCUUGCAAGAAGCUUUGUCUAUUGGCCUACGAUGGAUUUGGACAUCGAAAAACUCAAGACCUGCCCAAAAUGUGCGUCUGUGGCAAAGAAUCCGAUCAAAGCUGAACUAUCGCCGAAACCACACUCGCCGUAG